GAAAAAGGCUUCUUUUUGCUUCCGCGUUGUGAAGUGACCGCUGCAGUCAUAGAAGAUCAUUUUAAUUGUUUUUAUUUAUUGAAACCUGUCAGUAUUUAGGAACCAUCGUAAGAGAGGAAAGUGGUGUGAUGCUCCGCCCCCGACUGUGCUGACUGUCACUGACUGUCCAUCAUCAUGUCCCUGGGCGACAACCCUCACCUGCUCCUCGGCAGGAUCCGCUUCUUGAACCAGUGCAUUGAGUGUUUCCAGAAGAGUGAGAAGCUCCCGGAGUCUUUGUGUUAUGUGCCCAAGGAGGUGUGCUAUAAAAUCUGCAAAGACUCCUCAUCCAACGCCACCUCCGCCGGUGCGCCUUCAGGAGGAAAAACUAUUGUCUCUGUGUUUGAAAGUCCCCAUCAAACGGCGCACAGCAAGAAACUAUGCAAGUACAUCAUAGAACCAAAGAAAGGGACUUGUAUCCGGACUACAGCGGAGGAGUACUGUAACAACCAAGGCCUGUGGGUGAAGAUCAGUAAGGAGCAGAUGGAGGAGCACCGUCCGGGUCAGGAGCUGCAGGAAGGCUGGAUCCUGGUGUGCAAGCACACAGAGGGCGGAGAUAGACUGGUGCCGGUUGAGUCGCCGGAGACCGUCAGCAGGCAGCAGCAGCUCUUUGGCUAUGACCACAAACCGUACAGCAGGUGGGAGCACGUUGUGGAUGUGGAGAGUGCUUUGCACAUCGGCUCCAAACCGAGAGUGGCAGAGUGUGAUGAUGCUGCCAUGCAGAAGCUGAGGUAUGUUCCUCCAACCUGGACGUAUGAAUGUGACGAGGAUCUGGUGCACUACUUAUACGAACACAUCGGGAAGGAGGAUGAGAACCUGGGCAGUGUGAAGCAGUGUGUGAACAGCAUUGACGUGUCUUCCUGUUCAGAGGAUCCCAGCGGCGGAGCCAGCUGUCUAACGGACGGUGACACAGAAACGUACUGGGAGAGCGACGGCAUGCAAGGACAGCACUGGAUCCGCCUGCACAUGAAGAGAGGCACCGUGGUCAAUAAACUGAUAUUGACGGUGGACGCCACAGAUGACAAUUACAUGCCAAAGAGAGUGACAGUGUACGGCGGAGAGGGAGGCAAUCUGAAGAAGUUGAGUGAUGUCAACAUAGAUGACAAUCUCAUAGGUGACGUGUGCGUUCUGGAAGAUAUGACGUGCCACCUGUCUGUCAUUGACAUCCGGCUCGAGGAGUGCAGAGAUGAAGGGAUAGACGUCCGGAUCCAUGGUUUAAAGAUCAAGUCGUCAUGUGAGAGAGACCUGGGUUUAAAUGCUGAUGUUUUCCAGUCAUCUUAUUUGGUGCGUUACCCACGUUUGCAGGGCACUCUACCUGACGUCCUGUACCGCAGGGCGCUGGUCAUCCAGAGGUUCAUUUGUCUACUGGACAACGUGCUGCCACACUUGGUGCCUGCCUGGGACUACAGCCUGGGAACCUUCAACCAGAUCAAACGAAUAAAGCAGUUCCUCCUGCUGUCCAAGCGUCGCUCGGCCCUCAUCAUGCAGUGCCUGAAGGACUCCGAGACCAGUAAACCCAUCUGCAUGCCCCGCCUCUACAUCAACAGGCGACUGGCCAUGGAGCACAGAGACAACCCGUCCCUGGAUCCCAGCUGCAAGAAUGCCGUUUUCAGUCAGGUCUUUGAGGGUCUCAAACCAUCUGACAAACUAGAGAAGACUUUGGACUACAGGUGGCCUGCUCGGCACGACCAGUGGUGGGAAUGUAAGUUCAUUGCAGAGGGAAUCAUCGACCAGGGCGGUGGUUUUCGGGACAGUCUGGCAGACAUGUCCGAGGAGCUUUGUCCCAGCUCAGCAGAGUUUCCGAUGCCUCUGCCGUUCUUCAACCGGACAUCCAACCAGGGGACUUUAGAAGCUCGCGACUACUAUGUUCCCAACCCGUCCUGUAAAGACUUCAACAAGUUUGAGUGGAUUGGUCAGCUCAUGGGGGCUGCUCUCAGAGGAAAAGACUUUUUGGUCUUGGCUCUGCCUGGUCUGGUGUGGAAGCAGCUGACUGGGGAGGCUGUCAGCUGGAAUAAAGAUUUCCCUGCUGUUGACCCUGUGCUGGUGAACCUGCUGGACGCCAUGGAGACCAUGGACCAGGGGACGUUUGAGUUCAGGUUUGGAGAGGAGCUGGUGUACACCACGCUGCUGAGUGAUGGCCAAAUGGUGGAGCUGCUGCCCGGCGGCAGUAACGUGGUGGUUCACUACGAGGACCGCAUGGAGUUCAUCCGCCUGGUGCAGAAAGCGCGGCUGGAGGAGAGCAAACAGCAGAUUGCAGCCAUGCAGGCGGGGCUGCUGAAGGUGGUUCCUCAGGCAGUUCUGGACCUGCUCACUUGGCAAGAGGUGGAAAAGAAAGUGUGCGGAGACCCAGAGAUCACUGUGGAAGCUCUGAAACGGCUCACUCGUUACGAAGACCUGGAACAAAGUGACCUGAGGGUGCAGCACCUGUGGGAAGCCCUAACAAACUUCACCAAUGAGGAUCGUAGCCGAUUUCUGAGGUUUGUAACCGGCAGGUGUCGUCUGCCUGCACCGAUCUACAUCUUUCCAGACAAACACGGUAGCUCUGAAACCACAGAUGCUCUUCCACAGUCCUCCACAUGUUCCAGCACUCUUUAUCUACCAAACUAUCCAAGUGCAAAGGUUUGUGAGGAGAAACUGCGUUAUGCGGCAUACAACUGCGUGGCCAUCGACACGGACAUGAGUCCAUGGGAGGAGUGACGUCUCCGCUCAGCUCUGCGCACAAUACAAACAAACAAUAAAUAAAUCAUGAAUGAGUGCUUUUCGUCUGCUAUCUUGUGUCCAAUAAGCUGCCAGCUGUACAUAAUAAAUGAUUAUAUGGAAACA